AACUCUAUAUUCACCCCUUAAAGAAGCAUUGACUUUUAUGAGGCAGUGUAGAACGAUAACUCUGGUCACUAGUAUAUGGGUUCCCAUCGUCAUGAACUGGAAGCCUAGGCUUAUCAAGGUCCCCUUACCCUGGAUGCAACCAUAAAUACUUCCCCAAAUUCCAGAUAUUUGUUGCCUGGAUGAAUAUGACUCAAGCUAUAACUGGACAACUGAAGAUAAUUUGGUGGUUGUUAAAAAAAUGUUCCACUAUCUAUACUCAUUGCUUUAAAGUGCAUUUAUAAUUCAUUUUAAAGGAACUUUUAGUGAGUAACAGACUGUAUAAAAAUGCAUAUGUAUUUAUACAAUUUUUAUUGCAGAUUAAAGGCAAAAAUAUCAAUAAAUAAAUAUCUUAAUGAGAUAAGGCUCUCUACUUAUUAAUAAUACACAAUAUUUGUUAGUGUUUGAUAUAAUGGAUUCCAUAAGUUGAACACAUUUGUGCUUAAAAAUAAAUUUUAAAAGAAGCGCAGGAAUUAAGGAACGAUGAGAAGUAAUUCAUAUGGCCGGCUGAACACUGGCAGUGGGCCGGGGCAAGGGAGUGUGCCUGGGAGUUGGCUGCUCCGUCCUUCAAGAAUUGUUCCUACAAUUCUUUUCAUACUGAUCAUUGUUCCUCUUUGUGCUCACUACUAUCUCUCGAAGGCUGCAAGUGACUCAUCCCUGGGUCAUGAGCGACACCUUUUAUUGGACCCUAGUGACCCCUUGGCAGACUUGUCAGGUCUUAAAUGUGAUAAUGCUAAGGCCAGAGUUCAAGAGCUCCUCUCUAUUAAAGCAUCUGUGCUUAAUGAGUUACGAGACCUGGAGCAACACCGCCAGCAACUUCAGGAAAACAUUGCUUCUGCCACAUCACGAAUAGAGAGUCUGCGAUUGGAGGAAAAUAGAAUAAAAACUGAACUUGAAAGACUCAAAACCAGUGUUGAACAGGCUCUUCUUACGCAACGUGAAGUAUUUGAGAAGAAUAUGCCACAAAUUGUAGCUCCACGACGGAUCACUGCCACUUACAAGGACAAUAUUCAUAUGCCUUUGCCGAGUCCUCAGAGCAUUUCUCACUGUCGAAUGCACAACUGCUUUGAUUAUUCAAAAUGUUCUCUACUUUCAAACUUUCCUGUGUACUACUAUGAUGUUGACCAAUACAGAAUCCUGUCAAAUGACUUGGAAGCUUUCGUUAAAAUUACUGUGAAACAAGCAUUAGGCUACAAUGCUCAGGUUACUUCAGAUCCAAAUGAAGCCUGCAUUUUUAUUGUUUUAAUGGGUGAGAGUAUUGGUCCAUCUGCUGAUAAGGUUAACUUGGAAGAGACACUUCAUAGCUUGCCAUAUUGGAAUGGGGAUGGCCGCAAUCAUGUUCUUCUCAAUCUUGGAAGAACAUUCUAUAGUAAGAAUAUUUUUGAAGGUAUCAAUACAGCUCGAGCUAUAACAGUUCAGUCUCAUUUUUAUUCUCAUCUAUAUCGACCUGGAUUUGAUCUAGUAACUCCUCCACUUCUAGGCCUCCCUGGUGGUGACCUGUGGCAAAAUCUUCCUCCACUAGUGCCAGCCAAACGAAAAUAUUUAUUAGCAUUCCAAGGUGAAUUACCACGGCUACGAAACUAUUUAGAUAAAGAAGAACAUUCUCUUUCAAACAAUCCUCAAAUAAGGGAAGAAGUUGCUGUUGUUGAGGAGCUAAUGCAGCUUGAACAUACUCACACUGAUGAUCAGUUUCUCUUACAGUUCACUUGCCAAGGAAGCGGAGGUUAUGGAAACUUGGAGGAAUGGCAGAUGUGCGAAACUGAAAGCAUGCGCACCCAGAUCCUGCGUGAUUCUACAUUUUCUUUAAUAAUGGCACCUCUUUCUUCUUCUGAAGUUACCACCAUCACCUUACAAGCAAGAAUUUAUGAGGCUAUUAAAUAUGGAGCCAUUCCAGUUAUUCUGGGAAAUCAUAUUGAGCUGCCUCUGAGCGAAUCCAUUGAUUGGCGCAAAUUAGCCCUUGUCUUACCAAAAGCUCGUGUUACAGAGCUCCAUUUCCUCCUUCGAUCACUAUCGGAUACAGAUAUUCUUUUCAUGCGCCGUCAAGGUCGUCUGGUAUGGGAGCGAUUCUUGGGUUCAACUCAAGUUCUAGUAGAUUCCAUUUUGGCAACUCUAAGACAGAGACUUAAUAUCCCACCACUUCCAGCAGCUGAAGAGCCCUCAGUUAGUGUCUUCAAUGAUUCUUUUGUGCCUCUGAAAACUGAUGCCAACAUACCAGAUCCUGACACUGAUGAAAACCUCGGACCUAUUGAACCCCCAUUCCCAUCCACUGUCUUCACUCGUAACUACACCACUUCGCUGCUGAACGGUUAUGAAAUCUGGAAUGUUUGGGGUGACCCCUUCAACCUUUACCCCAAUCUUCCUACAAAUCCAAUACUGCCAACAGAAGCUAAAUUCUCUGGCUCCAAGCUUGGAUUUCGGCCAAUCAAUGGAGGUUCUGGAGGCUCUGGAAAGGAAUUUAGCGAGAGCCUUGGUGGAAACUUACCCAAGGAGCAAUUUACAAUUGUAAUGUUGACAUAUGAAAGGGAGCAGGUAUUGCUGAAUUCUCUGGCUCGUUUGUAUGGUUUACCAUAUCUGAACAAGGUAAUCGUUGUAUGGAAUUCACCGAAGCCCCCGCCGGAGGAUCUGCGGUGGCCUGAUAUCAAGGUUCCAAUUCAGGUGAUACGAGCAGAGCGAAACAGUCUUAACAAUCGAUUCUUGCCUUAUUCGGAAAUUGAGACAGAAGCUGUUCUGUCUGUGGACGACGAUGCUCACCUUCGGCAUGAUGAGAUUGUCUUUGGGUUUAGAGUAUGGAGGGAGGAGAGAGAUCGGAUUGUGGGAUUUCCUGGUCGGUACCAUGCGUGGGACUUGAACUAUGGUGGCUGGCUCUAUAACUCUAACUACUCAUGUGAGCUCUCCAUGGUUCUUACAGGUGCUGCCUUUUUCCACAAAUAUUAUGCCAGCAUGUAUUCUCACGUGAUGCCACAAGCCAUACGAGACAAAGUAGAUGAAUAUGUGAAUUGUGAAGAUAUUGCCAUGAACUUCCUUGUUUCUCACAUAACACGAAAACCACCAGUUAAGGUAACUUCACGCUGGACAUUCCGCUGUCCUGGUUGCCCUGUUUCUCUAUCAGAGGAUGACUCACAUUUCACAGAACGUCAUAGCUGCAUAAAUUUUUUUACUCAGGUUUAUGGUUAUAACCCUCUUCUGAAUACACAGUAUCGUGUGGACUCUGUUCUUUUCAAGACAAGACUUCCACAUGAUAAACAAAAGUGCUUUAAGUUUAUAUGAGGACUAACUUUUGUGUUAACGGAAUUUUCCAAGUACUGUACAUGCUUAGUAGUGAAUUCAUUCUUACUGUGCUUCACAGGAUUUUUAUAUUUUGAGUAUGCAUGAGCUAUUGGAUUAUGAUGAAAUUUGUAUAAUAGCUGACCAUAUUUGAAGAUUUUUUCUAGUUUUAUGGAGAUUCAUAUAUUUAAACAGAAUGUAAGUACUGUAAAGCAUCAUUUGACUCAUGUCUCAUUCCAAAUAUUUCAAGAUUUUUUGUUGUGAUUUAUUGUAAAAUUAGCAAAAUCCAAAUGGAUGCUUUUAUGUGUGAAUAUGUGAGAUAAUUAUCAGGAUAGAAAUUGUAAGGGUACAGUAUAUUGUAAAUGUCAUGUUAUCAUUAAUUUGAAUAUCUUAACAAAUUUCUCUGGUACUGUACUCAUUUUUGUAUGGUUGUUAAAUAUGCCCAAUGUCCAUUUGUUUUCAAGUGGCACCUGUUUUAUGUGAUUCAUAUUGUAAAUUCAUUAAAAUAAUUGUUAGCUGGUAAAUCUGAACCAGUGUUGUAUAUGACAUGUGAGUUUUAUAUAAAAAGAUUAUAUUGUUACCAGUGAUCCGUUAGCUAAUAUAAUUAUUAUAUUUUAUUAACAUUGUAUCAAAAUACAGUAAUUUAUAGGAUUUUUCAUGCUUUGGGGGCUAUAAAAUGGGAUAGCUGAUAGAAGUUAAUUUGUAAGGUUGUUCAUUAUUAUAGUAUAUAGUGAAUAAUAAAUACAUGUACAUACAUAUAUCUCUCCUGUGCUUUACUGUAUAUCUAAAAUGCAUAGCAUAUUGCACUUUUCUUUGCUAUUGCAUUCAGUUGCUCUCUAAAGUAAGAAUCUGCUAUGCAGGAUGACAUUCAGGCACCAGCAAAGCAGGGAUUUUGUGAAACAUCCCUGAAGUGAAGCACCGGAAAAGAGGCGAAUCCUGCUCAUCAUGGUACUCCCUUCAUAAAUACUUUGAACCAUACUGACAACACAUCCACCUGUCAGUGAUCAGCUUGUUUGAAGCUUCACUUAGCAGGCAUUUGAUAGUAAGCAAGACUUUAGUAAGGCUUUAGAGUCUUUAUGGAUGUACCUCAGUUGGACAGUUUGGGCUACACUGAGCUUUUCCCUAGUACUUUGUAUGACUAUGCAGAGACAUGUGAAUAGAUACAUGCAGCAUCUCUGCCCAAAUUCCAUCCUGGCUGACUGUUCGUGAAUCCUACCUAUAGCACAGUGAAAUUUUAUCUUACAGGAAUAAAUAUUUCUACUCAGAAAGGAGCUUUAUAUAUUGAAUCAGAGCUUUAUUUUUAUUCAUAUUUCAUGAAUAUAAUAUGAAUCCCAGCUAUGUCUAUCCUUUAACCACUGCACUGCGCAAAGCGCCUUUAGGCGCUCAGAGAGUUGUGCUUUUUGUUUUUUAAUUUGGCUAUAUUUUAAUGUUUUUUAAUGUUUUCAUUACUAUUUGUGUUUUGAAAU